CGUGUAUCCCAACUUUUCCUGCUCCGGCUUAUAACCUGCAUUUACUCGUCGUUACCCAACCUCCGCUGCCAUCGCUGCAAGGCAAGCCAGGGCUUAUCAUUUACUCUUUUCGACCCCCGUUCAACUCGUUACUUAUCGUUCUGCAAGCGUUCACUUCGGUUACUCUCUUACUGUCCAUACUACCCCAACUCAGUCUCACCAACGCAGCAGGCCUGCCGACUGAGAUCACAAUCAACCCGCCUCAAAGUCCGCAUCGACUCCCAUUUUCACUUACAGCGAGAGCCUCGCUAAUGAGAUAUUCUUGCCCGCCAUGACCUGACCGCCUCUCUUCCGUCACGGUCCUCCUACCAUGUCUCUGCGCACUUUAUUGUCGCGGCCUGUGACUGCUACCACCCAUCGGAGACACAGCAGCAUUAUCGAAGAUGCAUCGCAGGAAGGAAGUCCAGUCGGCGGACGUGGCCGUGCUGAUUCGAUGCAAAGGCUUAGCCUCGGAUUCACACGGUCCAAUGAAGAGACAUUCAAUCCAUUCAUCACAUAUGAGCCGGAUCAAAUGUUGACUGGAAAAGAGCCUCAGCAACACGAUGGCCUGUCGGCAGAACACUCUACCCUACCUAAGAGUGUAAGCACUCCGGCCGCCUUGACCUUGACGCACAAAAAUCAGUCAGAGCAAGAGCAGGCGCUGAACCGUGACCUGGACGAUCUCCCUUUGCCCAGACCUCAGCGAUUUUCGAUUCUCGGUUUCAGACAUGCUUCGGACCCCCAGUUAUUUACGAGGUUCAGGAAGGACGAGGACGACGUUCCACCACCGACUAAUCCGAGCCCGCCACAAAUCAUCACUACGGCACCAACAACGCAGGAGUUCGAUGAACCCGCGAAGCGCCCCAAGAGAAAACUGUUCCGAGCCCCUAGUCCCUUUCGAAAGAGCAUGGCAUUCAAACAUGGUGUGCAGGAAUCCCUCCAUGAAGACGAUGAUGAAGAGAGGGACAAUGCCCAAUCAACCGCUUCAAGAGCCGGAAUGUUGCAGGAAAAUACCUCUUUCGAACGGUUACCUCGGCGAAAGACUGACGGCAACCCUAUGGCACCUCCUCCCUACGGUGACGAGACCUCCUCGUCACUAGCAAUCCCGGUGACACGAUUGUCUGACUCUUCCCGCUCCGACGACAGUUCUGGCAGCCACCAUGUUUACGCGAAAACCACAACUACGCAUACCAUCUCUACCACGACCACCUUUUUCAAACUGAAGAGACGGAAAAAGAACAAGGGCCACUUAUUCCCCUUGCCCGAAAGAUUCACACCUUCUGACUCGGGUCGGACGAGCACCUCUUUUGGUCGUGAUGAUUCUCUGAGCGAGAGGAAAUCCUUGUCUCCUAGCAGGAAGUCGACCACUGCUGUGAGGUUUGACACACAAUCGACGAGACAGAAUUCCGCCAACCAGUCACCUACUCAUUCAGCUAUUGCCCUCACCAACGCCCCUUUCGGCUCGCCAGGGCCCACCAUCAUGCGGCAAGAUUCAGCUUGGUCCACGCAUUCUGGCCAUUCCACUCCUUCGGUCAACUUGGGUCCUCCUCGAACGAAUGGAAGAGGUAGGUCCUCUACCAUGACUUCGCUAGGUCGAUCAGCGGAAAAGUUGCUCGACACUGCCCAGCCUGGAUCGGCCAGAACCUCGACUUCUACGAGCGGCAGAAGGAGUUUCGGGGAUCUUUUGAAUCUUCCGCAUCGACUACGGCAAAACUCAGCUCCGCCUGUCCGACACGGUGCGGGCAAUAGCCCAGGAACGCCAGGUUCGAAAUCCAACUCGUUGCAGAUAGCGCGAGAGGAACACGAACGUGUUUAUCCCAAACGAGAGGAUGGCGAUACCCCUGCGAGUUAUCUGGAAAAGCUCGAAGCCGCUGUUCCAAGAGGGGCGAUGGCAACGGCCCUCUGCAAAGCCGCCGAUGAGUUUUCUAAGACCUGUCUGCGUAAGUACAUGCGUGGAUUUUCGUAUUUCGGCGAGUCAAUCGACAUGGCUAUAAGAAAGAUGUUGAUGGAGGUGGAACUCCCGAAAGAAACCCAGCAAAUCGACCGGCUCCUGGCAGGCUUUGCGGAUAGGUACUAUGAAUGCAAUCCUGGCAUUUUCGUUUCGACUGAUGAAGCCGCUUUCGUUGCUUUUUCGAUCCUCCUUCUUCACUCCGAUACCCACAACAAGAACAACAAGCGGAAAAUGCAAAAGCACGAUUAUGUAAAGAAUACUCAGCAGGGCCCUGUACAAAUCUCGAGCGACAUCUUGGAUUGUUUUUACGACAAUGUUUGCUACACUCCCUUUAUCCAUUUCGAGGACGAAGUUGCGAUCAACACCCAUCGCCUGGCCGCGGGUCCAAAGUUCAAGAAGACAUUGAUCAAAACGAAAAGCACGGAAAGCCUCAGGGGUCCUGUCGAUCCGUACACUCUGAUUCUUGACAAUAAGCUGGAUUCAUUACGGCCACCACUGAAGGAAGUCAUGGACACUGAGGAUUGUUACAGCUCGACUCGCACAAGCGGAGGCCCAGAGCACAACGACAUCCACAAAGCAUUCGUCAAUUCGGCGGUGUUGCAGAUUGUUUCAGCAAGAUCAAGGCCUGAUGCUUUCCUCUCACAAGCUACAAUUAGCAACCCUGUUGAUGCUCAGGUCGGACUUGUCAGUUUCAAAGUCGCCAAGGUUGGGCUUCUAUGGCGCAAAGAUGUCAAAAAGAAAAAAGCCAAGCGGCCAUGGCAGGAAUGGGGCGCAAUAUUGACCGAUUCCAAGCUUUACUUCUUCAAAGACAUUGGUUGGGUCAAGAAGCUGAUGGGUCAGUACGAUGCCCACGCAAAGUCUGCGUCCAAACCUGGCCCACUCGUUUUCAAACCGCCUCUAUCUUCCUUCGAGCCCGACGCUUUGAUGUCAAUGGAUGAUGCCGUGGCAUUGAUAGAUUCCGGUUAUAAGAGACACAAGAAUGCUUUCACCUUCAUCAAGCACGGCGGAUUCGAAGAGAUCUUCCUCGCCAACAGCGAGUCGGAGAUGCACGAUUGGAUUGGUAAAUUGAACUACGCCGCCACAUUUCGUACGGCUGGCGUGAGGAUGCGUGGGCCAGUGACUACCAAUUACGAGGGACGACAUCUUCUUCGCAAUGACUCGGACAUUACGUCUAAGAGUGCCGAGACUCCUCAGAAGGACAGGAAGCUAGAUGCCCAAGCAGCUGCGUGGGAAAUCAUGUUUUAUCGGCGACAACUUAUCAAUGAGAAGAUUAGCGACUUUGACGAGAGGCUGGCCGUGGCACAGAAGGAACUGGACAAUCUUUUGAGAAAUGCUCGGCAUCUGUUGAUCCUCCUGCCCAUUCAGCAAAAGACUCGCGAACAGCUUGUUCUUGCUGCUGGCCGUAUGUCUGCAAAGUUAAAGUGGACCCGCGUCGAGCUGUGGCGUACGAAGACACACCGAGAUACCCUGUGGAGAGACCUCGAGCACGAGGGAGUGACAGCAUUUCCUGCUCCGAGGACUCCAUCCACGAUGACACCACAAAAGGCGACACCUGUAAAGACGGGCCUGCCCCACCUCGGACGAAGCACUACCGAGACCAGUCAUUUAACGCUGUCUCCCAUCAGUGCGACCUCCUCUCGGCCGUCAAACCUGGCCGAUCGGAUUAAGAAUUCGGAAAAUGGAAGCAUUCACACGGCACCGAGCACGAUCGACCUGACUAAUGAGGGAAGCGUUAAUCCAUCUUCCACAGAUCUUCCAUUGACAAAGUCUGAAAGUGAUCAUGACUCGAAAUCCCUAGUUCACCAACUCUCCAUUGCUAGUUCUCGUCAAAGCCGUGAGAAAGAACAACUGGUAAAGCAUUCCGAGGAGACGGAAGAGCAGGUCCUCAGAGACGCAGGAUUGAUCGGAGUUGAAGGAGGAGUGCCGAAACACAAACGACCCGACACGAGCGAGUCUGAGCGCGACCGAGUGGGCGCAAUUGCUGCACCGGCUGAAGGGGCUAAGAACUCUAGCGUCCGUCGCAGUCUCCAUCGGAGUCUGCGUGAAGGUCACCUUAGGGAAGGGGUACACCACCACCAUUCUCCAAGCAUACAUCGUCAUAAGAAGGCCAGAGAUUCCGGUUCCAGUCUUGCGCCUACUGAAGAUGGGACUCUCUCGCUCGCGAGUGAAAGUGGAGAGCUGAAGCGCGGCACCGGCAGUUUCAUUCUACAUGGGAAGAAAGCUAGUGUCAUCACCAUGUCUUCGGAAUGGCAGAGUAUGUCGCACGAAGAUAGGAUGAAACUGAGGGGAGCCGGACAAAAUAUAGACGGUAUGAAGGACCAUUCUCUCGCUGUUCACGACGACGAUGAUGACGAUGCCAUCGAGACCGCUAGCGCCCUCAUGAGAGCCCUAGAUGAUCGAUACGGAUCCCCAAUCUCGAGUCGCAAACCCAGCGUCGCCACCUCUGCUGAACACUUUGUUGAUGCCGAGACAGGCGAAACAGGACGCGAAGAUCUGAGAGCAGCAAGCGAUGAGGAAUGAAACAUAAAAAGCAAAAAACAAAGCCAUGUAUUUCGGGCGUGGUCGACCUUUUAUUUCUUCUUUUAGAAAGAUUGAGCGUUACAGGUGCAAAAGUUCAGGGCAAUGAUAACAAUGAUGUUACGAUUCAGAGAGACAAAAUGACGACAGAUACAAGACUCGGUCCCGUUCUCGGGUGUCUUGUGCAUGGAGUCGGGGUUUGGGGAUCAAUGAGACCAUGAGCGCGAUAUCUGUAGAGGUAUUCUCCGUAUUCUUCGUCACAAUCGAUUCAUACCUUCAAACUUAUCAGCGAGGUUCAGCUUUCCAGUGCCUUUGACGUCUGACUGCAUAGUACGGAGUACUAUCCUUGAGCUUGGCACAAGGCCACUACCAGCACUUGCGGCGACCUUCACCGCCACCAUCUUCACUUGUCCUCGCC